UGUCACUGUUUGUCCCGACGAGCCUCGGGCAGACAUGGACCCUCAGCUCCUCCUCGGCCUGAUGUUUCUGGCCCCUCUGAGACUCUCAGCAGGCCAGUUAUUGGGAUGCCAGCGGGGCCAGUGGCUGUGUGAUGAUGGAACCUGCGUCCCUGAUGUGUGGAGAUGUGAUGGAGAAGGAGACUGUCUGGAUGGAUCUGAUGAAAUGGAUUGUGCUGCGCCCCCAGGCUCCCCUCAGUGUCCCCCAGGUCAGUUUCCUUGCUUGGACUCUGUCGACUGCGUGGAUGCUUCGGCCCGCUGCGACGGACAAAGCCAGUGUCCCACCGGCUCUGACGAGGAGAGCUGUACAGCCCCUGACGGUUGUUUGGACUCAGAUUGGACCUGUCGGAACCGCUUGUGUGUCCCCAAAGAGCAGCGCUGCAACAGGCUGAACGACUGCAUGGACGACUCUGACGAAAAGGACUGUGGUGUGUGUGUUGAGGGCAGCGUGCGGUGUCCUGACGGGACGUGUCUAUCUCCUGAAGAGAGGUGUGACGGACAUGUUCACUGCUCAGAUGGAAGCGAUGAGCCUAUAACCUGCGGUCGUAUUUGCUCGAUGAACAAUGGCGGCUGUAGCCAUGUGUGUGUCGACGAGCCCUGGGGCGCUCUGUGUGCCUGUCGAGUUGGAUAUAAGCUCUCAGCUAACGGAGCGGUCUGUGAAGAUUUGGAUGAAUGUGCGUCACCUUUUUCUCCCUGCAUGCAUCACUGCACGAACACCAUCGGAUCCUACUACUGCCACUGCAGAGACGGCUUCAGCCUGAAUGGAAACUCCAUAUGUGUAGCAAAAGGUAACGCCACCCGACUGCUGACCGUGCAGGGGAGAUCCAUCGGACUGUUGAACGUGAAGUCUCAACAGUUUGAGGUCGUCAUGACUGCGGUGAUCGACCCAGUGGCCGUGACGUUUGACGUGGCCAGAGGAUGGUACUUCUGGGCCAACGGGCGCGGCAGCAUCUUUAAAAGUGAUGGACGUCGCAGCUGGACCACCUACACUGGAGAGCCUGGAAUUAAGAGCCUGGCUUGUGAUUGGCUGAAUGGAAACCUUUACUGGACCAAUCAGAAGAUGAAGGCGCUCUACAUGCAGGCAGCUGAUGGAGACAGUUACACGACUCUGCUGAGAAAAAACAUCAGUCCGUCAGAUCUGGUGCUUUUACCUGUGGAAAGCUCGAUGUUCUGGAUCAAUGGCGGCCCAGGUGAGCGGGUGACGAUAGAGAAGACGUGGAUGGACGGAUCAGAAAGAAACACUCUGACGGUCCUCACUGCUCAGUCUGCUCACGGCCUCACUGCCGACGUGGAGGCCAGGAGACUGUACUGGAUCAGCGACUUCAAGAAGUCCAUAGAGACGGUGAAGGUGGACGGGACGGGUCGUUACUCCUUCACCGGACUGUUCUCCAGGCGUGCUCCUCUCAGCCUGGCGGUGUUUGAGGGUUUGUUCUACUGGGUCGACAACAAAGGCCUGUGGCAGGUUCCACAGAACCAACGGAACCAGAAGAAGUUUCUCUGGAAAGCUGAUCUGCCUCUGUUCACUGUUUUCCAGGAGCUCCAGCAGCCUCAAGGUUCCACUGCCUGUGUGAAGACUCCGUGUCACCUCUGCCAGUUAACUAAAGCCAACCCUGCCGGAUUCAGCUGCACCUGUCCCGACUUCAAAAUGCUGCUAGUUGAUGGAUCCUGUGAAUAUCCACGAUUUAUUUACGCCACCAGUUCCAACAUCAACCUGCUGGAGUUUAGAGAAAAAGCGUCCUCUGAUAAGCUGCUGUUCAGCACCGAUGACGGGAUCCUGUCGUUUAAUGUGGACUGGUACAGAGACUGGUUGUACUGGGCCAACAACACCGGCCACAUCCAACGCACCAGUCUGACGCAGGUCCAGACCGAGGUGCUGCCAGCUCCUCUGCCCGUUUGUCAUAUAAAAGUAGACCAGAGGAAGGGGAGCCUCUACUGGGUGUCCUGUGACCAGAAAAGCAUCGGCACCACCACGGCGAGCGGAGGUCUCCCGCAGCAGCUGUACCGCACAGCGAGGAACAUCCAGGAGUUUUUUCUUGACUGGCUGAGAGGUGGCAUCAUCUGGCUGGAGGACGACCGCAUCUUCAGCAUGAGCGAGAUGGGAGGCAAAGCCAAAGAGCUGCUGCAGUUAGCGGGAGGAGUCACAGGGAACAUGGCCUUCGACCUCAGGGCCAGUAGUCUGCUCUGGAACUCAGGAAGCUCAGGCCUCACGGUCAUGAGUUUACUGCAGGUGAGAAGCCACCAAGCUGGAAGAAGAUGGAACAUCUCCGGCUCAGUUGUUGGCGCCUUCGAACCCUUCCUGUUGUCGCUCUCCGACGACGUCAUGACUCUGUGGAAUCGGCGUGAAGGGACGCCCGUCCAAAACAUAGCAGUGAGGGGUCACGUGGUCCAAGUCGUCUCUGCGCUCAGGGACAUUCGAACAGUGCCCAGUUCCUCAGUCUGCAGUGACCCGUCCGUGCUGUGCAGACACUCAUCCGUCUGCCUCUCACGAGCUCGGCUGUGUGACGGUAAACAGGACUGUCCUGAAGGAGACGACGAGGAAUUCUGUGUCACCACAUGUCCAUCUAAAGAGGAUUUCAAGUGCAAGGACAACAGCAAUUGCAUCGCCAGGAAACUCGUUUGCGAUGGUCACUCAAAUUGUCGCGACGGCUCAGACGAAGUCGACUGUCCGACCGUGGCUCCUCCGGCCGCUCAGCCAAAAGUCCUGAAGUGUCGUAUGGGCUGGAAGCUGUGCAAAGACGGCACAGAGUGUGUUUCAUACGGCCACGUGUGUGACGGAGAGGACGACUGUAAGGACGGAUCAGAUGAGAUGGAAUGUGAUGCAUCUCCAACAAGACCUGCUAUCACCUCAUCCUCCACAUCUCCUGCUCCGACUGUGCCCCCCUGCAGCAGCCCGUCCGUGCUCUGUCCUUCUGUUCAACUCUGCGUUUCUCCCAGCCAGUUCUGCGACGGCCGUAAAGACUGUCCCGACGGUUUUGAUGAAAAUACCUGUGUAAAAAGAUGCCCUUCGAAAACCGACUUCCGCUGCAAAGACCGUCGGAGCUGCGUCUCAAAGAGUCAGGUCUGUGACGGUCGCUCUCAUUGUCACGACGGCUCGGACGAGGUCGACUGUCCGGUAACUGAAGGCUCUCCAUGUCCUCCAGGAACAAAUGGCUGCUCCAACAACAACGGUGGAUGUGCCCAUCUGUGUCUGGCCUUUCCUGGAGGUGGCACGUGUAAAUGCGGCGAGGACUUCUACAGCGUCGGCGCCACUUCCUGUGCCCGCCUCCACGACUGCCCCGACGGAGAACGGUCCUGCUCUGAUGGAACCAAGUGCAUCAGCAGCGGCAGGUUCUGUGACGGACGCGUGGACUGUCGGGACCAGUCUGACGAACAGGACUGUCCACACACAAACAAUUUCGGGACCACAGCCAGUGAUGGCCGUCCUCCUGAGUCUUCCUCUCCUCACCCACACAACAAAUACGCUCUUAAAAAAGACUCCACGUCCUGCGAUCACCAACACUGCCACGGUCAAGGUCACUGCGUCAAAGAGGGUGAAGUCACUCGCUGUCAGUGUACGGCCGGGUACAACGGAGAGUUUUGCCAGGAGACGGAAGGUGGACACAAUCACGGGGUGAUCGUCCUAGGCGUCUUCUGCCUCGUGGCCUUGUUGAUGGCUGCAGCUUUUAUCUUUGCAAAAAGGAGAGCGUGGGCGUCCAUCAGGAGCAGAUCCACGGAGAAAGAAACUCUGAUGGCCAACAUGGGUCUGCCGUGUGAAAACUACGAUUCUGACUCUGAGGAGCUCGAGUCCCCGGUCGACGCCAAGAAUCCAGCGUUUAUGUUAAAGACACUCAAACCUAAAUAAUCAUCUUUCACAAUAUUAGAUUUCAUAUCAGAUCCUGGAUUUCAAGACUGUAUUGUAAUAAAUCAAACGUAUAAUGAACCAGUAACUAGAGUCAG